AUGGUUCCGCGUCGACCCCUGCGCCUCGGCUCUAGAGCUUCAGCACGCUUCAUCCGGGCCUAUUCCAGAGACGCCGAACCGCUCAUCCGCGUAACCAACCUCGCGGCACCAGGCUCAGGCCACAUCCGAGUCCUCGAGCUGAACCGGCCCUCGUCGCGCAAUGCCAUCUCCAAAGCCCUCUUAGCAGCCGUGCGCACCGAGGUCGAAGAUGUCCAGGCGCAGUAUACGUCGGAAGGCAACGAGGUACCCGAAGUGCCGCGGUUUGACGGAGCAGCUGGCUCCAACAAGGUCGGGCCUACGCGGGCGCUUAUCCUCGCCAGUGCUUCGGAUGCGAGUUUUUGCGCCGGGGCGGAUUUGAAGGAGCGGAGGGGGUUCACAACUGAAGAAACAUCGCAAUUCCUCGCCAACCUCCGAAGCACCUUCGCAUCCCUCUCUGCCCUCCCUAUCCCGACUAUAUCUGCCAUCUCGUCCCUUGCGCUGGGCGGCGGCCUCGAGCUCGCCCUUUCAACCCAUUUCCGCGUCCUAGCCUCGACCGCCACCGUCGGCUUGCCCGAAACCAGACUCGGCAUCAUCCCCGGUGCGGGCGGCACGUACCGCCUACCAGCUCUAAUCGGGCUCAAUCGCGCCAAGGACAUGAUACUCACGGGCCGCCGCGUUUCGGCGCCCGAGGCCUACUUCCUGGGGAUUGCGGAUCGGCUGGUGGAGGUUAUGCCUGAGGACGAGCGGGACGGUGUGGCUGCUGCCGAGGGUGGAAAUAGUAAUGAUGCGCAGGGCAUGGCAACGAGGGCAAGGAGGCUGGUGUUAUCCGAGGCGGUGAGAAUGGCGGGCGAGAUAUGCGAGGGUGGGCCCGUGGCCGUCAGGGCGGCGCUGCAGGCUGUUAGUUGGGCAAGGGAGGAGAUGGAGAAUGCCAUGUAUGAGAGGGUUGUUAGGACGGAGGAUCGGGAUGAGGCGCUUGAGGCGUUUCGGGAGAAGAGGAAGCCUGUGUUUAAGGGGCGAUAG